AUGGACAAGUCGCCCACCAAGAACAUCGUUAUACUGGGUGGCUCCUAUGGAGGCAUGUCCGUUGCCCAUUAUGUACUGCGACAUGUCAUACCCCAGUUACCAGAGAGCCAUACAUAUCGAGUGGUCCUUGUCAGUAUCGGAACGGAAGUAAUGUGCCGACCGGCUUGCCCUCGUGCGAUGAUCUCGGACAAGUUCUUUUCCCAGGAGAAACUUUUCGUGAACAUUCCGAAACAGUUUGCGCAAUACCCCAAGGAAAACUUUCGGUUCAUUCAAGGCGCCGCAACGCAUCUGAGACAUACCGACCGGAAUCUCGACUUCCAUGCCCUCGUGAUUGCGACCGGUGCUUCCGCACCAUCACCGCUUAUAGGCUCAAACGGAGACCAGGAACUCCUGAAGUCGAAUUGGAGUAAACUACGACGAACUCUUCCGACUGUGAAGCACGUUGUAAUCGCUGGCGGCGGGCCGACUGGAGUCGAGACGGCGGGAGAACUCGGAGAGUAUCUGAACGGGCGAGCGUGGUUCUUUCAAGACGGCUUGAAGAGUCCGACGGUAAAGAUCACGCUGCUAACCUCUGGGUCGAAACUGCUCCCAGUCCUCCGCCCUUCAAUCGCGGCAAAGGCUGAAAAGUUGCUCGCCCAAGUUGGCGUAACUGUGGUCAAAAACGCUCCUGUCCAGGAUGUAACCUCUUCGAGCAAUGAUAUAAGUGAAAAAGAGGGCCCGGUGACCGUCAACCUCAAAGAUGGCAGAACUCUGGAAGCAGACUUAUACAUCCCUGCAUUUGGCACAACACCCAAUACAGCAUUUAUUGACAAGUCCUUGCUUGCCGAUGACGGCCGCGUCAACACCAACACUGCUACUUUGCGUGUAGACCAGGCGGGUCCUCGUAUCUACGCCAUCGGCGAUGCGUCUACUUUCGCCAGAGCCGCUGUGCAUCAUAUUCUCGGCGCAAUCCCUGUGUUGGGUGCCAAUAUCAAGCGGGAUUUACUAUCAGCAGCGGGACAGUCCGUUGUGGGAGCCGAUAGAGAAUUCAAAGAGGAAAAGCGGGAGAUGCAGAUGGUGCCCAUAGGGAGAAGCAAGGGAGUUGGUGCCGCCUUUGGGUGGCAAUUGCCAAGCUUCAUGGUCUGGCUGAUCAAAGGAAGGGAUUAUUUUUUGUGGACCACUCCAGCGUUAUGGAGCGGAACGCAUUGGGCCAAAGAAUCCUGA